GGGACCGCUGAACGAAAGCGUGCGCGAAGGCGCAGUGACCCCACAUCGCACCUGCGUCGGAGCUCCUGAAGGGGAGCCGCUUCUCACCGCGGAGACGAGGCAGACAUGUCGUACCAAGGCAAGAAGAGCAUCCCUCGGAUCACGAGUGACCAUCUCAUCAUCAAAGGGGGGAAAAUUGUCAACGAUGACCAGUCAUUCUACGCUGACAUUUACAUAGAGGAUGGAGUCAUCAAGCAGAUUGGGGAGAACCUGAUCGUCCCGGGCGGAGCGAAGAUCAUCGAUGCCUACGGGCACAUCGUCAUUCCGGGGGGGAUCGAUGUCAAUACCCGUCUACACGCGCCUUUCCUGGGCAUGAACCCGGCAGAUGACUUCUACCACGGAACCCAGGCCGCCCUGGCAGGGGGCACCACCAUGAUCAUCGACCAUGUUCUCCCUGAGCCGGGAACGAGCCUGCUGGCGGCGUUCGACCAAUGGCGCGACCUCGCUGACAAGAGCUCCUGCUGCGACUACUCGCUCCACGUGGACAUCACACGGUGGCACGAGGGCCUCGUCGAGGAGCUGGAGGCUCUGGUCAAGGAUAAGGGUGUGAAUUCCUUUUUGAUCUUCAUGGCCUACAAGGACAAAUUUCAAAGCACUGACACGCAGAUGUAUGAAGCUUUCGGGGUCCUCCGAGAUCUAGGAGCUAUUGCACAAGUGCACGCCGAAAAUGGCGACAUCAUCGAAGAGGAGCAGAAGAAGCUGCUGGAUCUUGGGAUCACAGGCCCCGAAGGUCAUGUCCUCAGUCACCCUGAAGAGGUGGAGACCGAAGCCGUGUUUCGCGCCAUAACCAUCGCAAAGCAGGCCAACUGUCCGCUAUAUAUUACCAAGGUUAUGAGCAAAUCGGCCGCCGACGUCAUCGCUCAGGCCAGGAAGAAGGGCAUGGUCGUGUACGGUGAGCCAAUCACAGCCAGCCUUGGCACCGACGGCUCCCACUACUGGAGCAAAAAUUGGGCCAAGGCCGCCGCCUACGUCAUGGCCCCGCCCCUCAACCCUGAGCCCGGCACAUCGGACUACCUCAACUCCCUACUCUCCUGCGGUGAUCUACAGGUGACCGGUAGCGCCCACAGCACUUUCACAACAGCACAGAAGGCAGUAGGAAAGGACAACUUCACCCUCAUCCCAGAGGGUACCAACGGGAUCGAGGAGAGGAUGUCAGUCAUCUGGGAAAAGGCGGUGGUAGCGGGCAAGAUGGACGAGAAUGAGUUUGUGGCAGUGACCAGUACCAACGCUGCAAAGAUCUUCAACCUGUACCCGCGCAAAGGGCGGAUUGCCGUGGGUGCUGACGCCGACAUCGUGAUCUGGAACCCCAAGGAGGCCCGGAUAUUUUCUGCCAAAUCACACAACUCGACUGUCGAGUGUAACAUCUUUGAGGGCAUGGAGUGCCGCGGGUCCCCUGCAGUGGUCAUCAGCCAGGGUAAGGUUGUGCUGGAGGCAGGGAAGCUGAACGUCACCGAGGGCUCUGGGCGAUUUGUGCCCAGGAAGUCCUUCCCGGAUUUUGUCUACAAGCGGAUCAAAGCUCGAACCCGGAUGGCCGACGCCCGCGGCGUUCCAAGAGGGCAGUACGACGGACCUGUCCACGAUGUCAUCAGCGCGACUAAAUCGGUGCCGCCCACCCCCACUGGCCGUGGGCCCACCUGUCCCGGGAAAGCUCAAAUCACUCCAGCCCGGAACCUGCACCAGUCCGGGUUCACGCUGUCGGGAACCCAGAUGGACGACCACAUUCCGAGACGUACCGCGCAAAGGAUUGUCGCGCCUCCCGGAGGCAGAUCGAAUAUCACAUCGCUCUCAUGAUCUCCGCCCUCCUCGAUUUCGGGAUUUGGGAUAAGGAAACCACCCAUGGGUUGAAAAGCAAACACCAGUAGUACUAUACUAUACUGAAGAUGUUAGAAAUAACCUGCUCAGUAUUAUUUUGUCUGAAACUUGCAAACUGCCAAAAACCAAUCGCGUAUGUAUUUUAUCUCAACAUACAGUAUAUAUAUUAUACCCAACUGUGUGUGAAUAACCUUCAACCCAGAGACACACAUCUAUCAUCAGAUAUACAAUGCAUGCGCCUCAGCUGGAUCCUCAUUAUUCAAAAAAUUUACGCAGCUUCAUUGUAGCAUUAAAAGAGUCAGUUCAGUACAGUUAAGCCGAAUUUAGAAUUAAUUUGCAUAAACCGCUGAUCAGUAACCAGGCCGUUUUGAUGCAGUGCUUGUUUGUCGUGUUUUUUUUUACAUUUCUGCCUGCAUUUCAUAUCAAACGGUUCACUUCUGACCUUUUAAGUCUCAUUCUGCAAGCUUCCAUCCUAUCAUGAGCUUCAUUCCAGAGGCUUCCAUCCUGACAUGUUCCAAGCUGUGGAGCCCAAUCAAUUUCGCUUCCAACAAAGUCGUUUCUAACAGUGUCAUUGUAAUAGUGGAACUGCUAUGAAAUUAAAAUAAAUGAUUUAGGGCACAAAGAUGGAGUCAUCAUUUUCUGCCGUAACUCAUCAUCAUCAUCAUCAUCAGUAUGUCCACUAUUCAUUUUUUGCAUCUGUGAAGCAUUGAUACGUCUUUGUGUUCAUUUUCAUAUCUCUGUUUGCAACCAUCCCCCCCCCGGCUUUAAUAAUAAAUCUGUGCAUUAUUCAAAAUAUAUAAAAUGUGGUGCUCUUAAACCAUAUACUGUUCGCGUGGCAAUAUGAGUCUGUCAUGGUUCAAAAGACAGUUUUAAAAGUCACUUUUUAAACCUGAUUUGCAUUUUUAAUGUCUAGUUGUUAUAUCAUUCUUCUGUCUUUGAAAACUUCCUCUUUGUACUUUUACAAGAUCCGACUAGAAAAGAACUUUUUAAAACCAAAAUACUUGAACAAUGAAUAUGUUGUGCUGUUCUCUUAUGAAGUGCAAAGUGUUUGAACGGUUGUCUGGUUCUGUUAGUGAAGGUGAUAGGAAGGAGGGAUGGCUCAGCUGCAGCCCGUCUCCCAACUUUUAGGCGUCCCGUCUGUCAGAAACGUGUCUGUCCUCAAAUAUGCAUGGUUACAAGUGCUGGCAUGUCACGAAUAAAGUUUGUGGGUUAAAAAAAAAAAGUACAAUAAACA